AUGGCACCCAACAGGGGUAUCGCCUCGCACUUUGCAGCGUCCAAAGCAAGCAUCAGUCGCACCGCACGCUCGCUCAAGUCCAAGUCGACCAAGGAUGCCGCCAAGGCCACUCCGCCUACCACCGGAUCCACGGCCGUAGAGCCUCUGGCCGCAUCAAACGAGCCUGCUCCGUCUUCACCCGCGGCGCCGUCGGUGCCAAAACCCGCGACACCGAAAAAGUCGACCGCAAAAAGACAAACUCGCACACGACUCAGGACGCCGGACGAGGGCGAAGUCGACCGCAUCAUGCUCGAGAACCAAGCUCUUCUUCAGGCCAGCCCCUCGCGCGCUUCUUCGAGUGCUUCUGCCGCACCCACCGACGAUGCACCACUGACACUGCUCGGAACGCCACCAACCACGCCGAGCGCAGGCUCCCGCUCGGCACGCUUCUCGCCGCUCCUCGAACCUACACAGAUGUCGCCAAUCUCGGUGCGCACCGACCCGGACACGAAAAAGAUGUUUCUUCUCCUGCCCAAAUCGCCCAAGCCGUCGAGUCCGGCAGGUGCGUCUGCAGGUCCAUCGAGCCCGUCGAAGCGCAAACUCACCACGCCGCCCAAGUCGACCUCGCCAACCAAAACGCCAAGAACGCUCGACGCCACUCCUCGCCGGCUCAUCACGGGCGAGCACGAGGUCUUUGGUACCGAAGAGGAGGACGGCCUGGUGCUCACGCCGGGUAAGGCCAAAGGCACGCGCAUUGCGCUGGGUAGCCCGAGCAAGAGCCCGCUGCUGGCCAGGCUAGGUGACACGCCCAAGGACAAGGCUCUGCGCACCAUCGUAGACGAGGACGACGAGUCGUACAUCACCCCGCGCAGCGUGAGGCAGCGGCCCAAAGGCGUCCCUCUGCCCCCACUCGCCACACAAAAUGCAGCGGCUGUCUUUCGCGGCGCAUCCAUCCCAUCGUCCAGCAGUGCACCCAGCAUCUCGCAGCGCCAGCGCAAGGACCUCUUCCACACCGGUCCCUUUUCGGGCCUUGCCGCCAUAUCGUCGUCGCAGAACGAGGUGGAAAGCGAGACCGACCCGGCGGAUGACGAGGCUGAUUUGCCCGAUCCAAAGCACGCGCUGUCGACGCAGCUGCCGCUGCCCUCGUUCUACUCGAGCCUCAUGACGCUGCAUGUGGCGCUGGAGCACGCGCUGGUCGUCCACCUCGCCACCGCGGGCUGCGCGAGCGCUACGCUCGAAUCGUCCGUCCAGACCUCAUCGGAUAGCGACUCGGAAUGUGACGCUGCGUUCGGAUCCACACGCAAGGCCACCAAGACGGUGCGUCUGCCCAACCUCAUCUCGUACACGGCGCUGCGUCCUCUCGUGGAGCGCUCCGGUGGGCGCCGCUUGGGCCCCACUGAGCUGCGACGCCUCGCCAAUGUGUGGCUCGACUUCCAGCGCCAGAGCAGCGACGCUGUCGACGAGGUGCGUGGGCUCGGCUUCAUCAUCGGCAAGACGCGCGGCAUCGACACGCGCACCGGUCGACGCGCGCUCGACUGGGGCAUCGGCAUCGAGCUCGAGAUCAAGCGCACCGUGCGCGAAAGGACGCCGCCCACACAAAUCGGAUUCGGCGGCGUCGAAGUCCAGUCGUCUCCGCUGCUGGCUUCCAGCGACAAUUUUGACGAAACGGUGAGGGGCACACCCAAGAUGCCGUCGCGGGCGACCACGCCCCCUCCCGCAGGCGAGCGCGUGGCUGCCAACGCAAGGACGCAGUUGAUGUCGCCACUCUUGGGCUCGCCACGCAGGAAGGUGUGCGCAGAGUCGCCCACGCCCAGCUCGCCAAAGGUGCGCAGCUCGCUCGGCGCAGCAAAGGCGCGCGAGGGCAUGUCGGUCGUCGCCAUGUGGAACAACGGAUUGGAGACCAGAAAGGCCGAGGUGGCAAGGCGAUUACGCCAGAGAUGCGCGCGCUUCCACCAGCUCUGGCUCGACGAAAACGGCAUCAGUGUUCCUGCUCCAAAGCAGGCGCACGAACCCUCGACGCCGUCGCGCAAGCCUGCUGGUGCAGCUGAUGCAGAGAGCGAUACCGAGGAUGGCGUGCCAGGUCCGCCGCGCGAGGUGGUGAUGGGUGCCGGCGGGCUGUUGACUCCCUCAGCGACGCGGUCCGGCGGGCGAAGGGUGGGCAAACGCACCUUCCAUCUGGAUCCGUCCGAGCUCGACUCGCACACGCUUUCGGACGAAGAUGACGACGACGCCGUGCUCGGCUUUGAGGCUCUCCAGGGCGGCAAGCAGUCGAUGCUGGCGGAAGUGUCGCACUCGGUGGUGCGGACGAGCAAGUCGAUGCCCAACCUCGCUGCUGCCGCAGUGCCACCCGAGGGGGCGGAUCUUGUAGCUUGGCAUGUUGAGUUUCCACUCGACGAUGCGCGUGUAGUCAAGCCUGUUCCUCUGGCUACGCUUCCCUCGCUUUCUGCGCCGCUCGCAACGCCGCACCGCAACAAAGAGAUCGGAUUGGGCAUUAGUGACCCUACGACGCCGCGGAAACCGAUCAAAUACACUGCUGCGCCCGAACUCGCCUCGGAGGCGGCACCCUCGACGGCCGGCAUGUCGCUUCGCGAACGGAUCCAGGCGAAAGAACAGCUGCGGCGCACCGCUUCGCUUCCCGCGCUGGCUUCGGGGUCCAUGACGUCCAUGCAAGCGCUUUCACAACGCGCACUCGUAUCGCGGUUGCCGGAGCUGUGCUCGAUCCUCUUUAUGCUGUUUUCCAACGGCACCACGCUGUCGUCGACGGGCAUCACGCGGUCUCCGACGAUUCCCAUGCAGGACCUCCUGGCCAAGCUGAGCAAAAGCACAAAGAUCACCCUCAGCCCACGCGAGUGUCGCGCCGCCAUCGACCUGCUCGCCUCCAUAGCUCCGGGCUUCUUGGUGGUCCUCAACCCCUCGGAUACAGCCGCAACGGGAACCAAGGAGUAUGUCCGCCUGGGAACCAAUCCCGACACCAACGCGCUGUGGAGGCUCAACGAUCUGCGUGCCCGCAUCGCCUCGCAACUCAAUGCCCACAAGUAA